UGGUACGAUGAAAAACACAUUGAAUCAAGGAACGUGUGGAAUGUGAAAUUGCGAAGAAUACACACGAAACAAGCCGGACAUUUAUGAAACGUCAGACUUAGAAUUAAAUUGUUAUUUAGUGGCAUUUUACGAAUGAAAAUGCUAUGUGUUUGUAAUGUGACAUUAAUGUCUAUUAAUGUUGCCUAAAGAUAAGGCAUACAUAGACAAUAUGACUGAAGGGGGAGAAACACAACCAACUCCAGGGAAUGAAGCACAGCCUGAAGCUUCUGAACCCAGAGCCUUACAUGGCGAGGGGUUAUAUGAAACAACAGCAGAAUCUUCUUCUCAAAGUGUACCUGAACCCAAUCAAGAUUUACUUACUGUUCAUGGAGCAACACAAGGAGAAAGUAGCGAUGCUGUUAGCAUACAUACUGCCAGUACUUCGGUUUCUGGCAAUGAAUCAAGUUCCAGUAGAGUGAGUGCAAUAACUGUUGUAUUACCUUGGGGUGCUCAAAAGGAAACUGUGAAACCACAGCAACUAGGAGAUAUGGAUCUCAGACCUGGAGAAUUUGUAAUGCGCACUUUAUUUGCAGAGUUUACCUCGCAAGCAGAGAAAAAGAUGGAAGCAGUAAUGACAGAACAUGAAAAGCCACUUUCAAAAGUUUUACAAAGAGGAGAGGAUCUACAAUUUGAUCAGCUUCUAUCUGCAUUUGGUUCAGUUGCGGAACAUUGUUUGCCUUCUAUUUUAAGAGCAUUGUUUAAUUGGUACGAACGUCAAUUAGUUGAUCAGGGUAGUGAUCAAAAGAAACCUGCUCCUGGUAAAGAAGAUCAGAAAGGAAAAAGUAUUAUGUACACAAUAGUAUCAGGAAGUGUUGAAACAGUUGAAAGAAGUGAAGCAGAUUUACUUCAAGAGCGAAGAGAUCUUGCAGUCGAAUUUAUAUUUUGUUUAAUGUUGAUAGAAGUUUUGCGUCAGUUACCAUUUCAUCCUGGCCAUGAAGAUUUAGUUACUUACAUAGAAAAUAUUGCAUUCAAACAUUUUAAAUACAGAGAAGGCAUCCAAAAUGAACCAAAUGCAGCAAAUAUUCAUAUUAUUGCUGAUCUUUAUGCAGAAGUAAUUGGAGUUCUUGCACAGUCUAGAUUUAUGUCAGUUAGAAAACGUUUCAUGAUCGAGUUAAAAGAAUUACGCGCUAAGGAACCUGGACCUCAUACUACGCAAAGUAUAAUAUCGUUAUUAAUGGGAAUGAAAUUUUUCAGAGUAAAGAUGGUACCAAUAGAAGAAUUUGAAGCCUCGUUUCAGUUCAUGCAAGAAUGUGCACAGUAUUUUUUAGAAGUAAAAGAUAAAGAUGUCAAACAUGCUUUGGCUGGUCUUUUUGUUGAGAUACUUGUCCCUGUUGCUGCUGCCGUAAAGAAUGAAGUUAAUGUACCUUGUCUAAAAAAUUUUGUAGAAAUGUUGUACUCUACCACGUUAGAUAUGUGUACAAAGUCAAAGCAUAGACUUGCUCUUUUUCCUCUUGUAACAUGUUUAUUAUGCGUGAGUCAGAAAACAUUUUUUCUACAAAACUGGCAUUAUUUUUUAGCAAUGUGUCUUUCUCAUUUGAAGAACCGUGAUCCCAAAAUGUGUCGUGUUGCACUAGAGGCAUUGUAUCGUUUGCUGUGGGUGUACAUGAUACGUAUUAAGUGCGAAAGCAAUUCAGCUACUCAAAGUAGAUUACAAAGCAUAGUAAACUCUUUGUUUCCUAAAGGGUCAAAGGCAGUAGUGCCACGUGAUACUCCAUUGAAUAUUUUCGUGAAAAUCAUUCAAUUCAUUGCACAGGAAAGAUUAGAUUUUGCUAUGCGUGAAAUAGUAUUCGAUUUAUUAUCCGUGGGCCGACCAGUAAAAAUAAUUUUAACUCCUGAACGUAUGAGUAUUGGACUUCGCGCUUUUUUGGUUGUGGCUGAUAGUUUGCAACAAAAGGAAGGAGAACCUCCUAUGCCUCGUACAAUGGGCGUACUACCUAGCGGCAAUACUAUGCGCGUUAAAAAGACAUUUCUGAACAAAAUGUUGACAGAAGACACAGCAAGAAGUAUAGGAAUGUCUUCAUAUUUCCCACAUGUUCGGCGAGUAUUCGUGGAUAUAUUACGUGCAUUAGAUGUUCACUAUGGAAGACCUCUUAUGAUGACGAGUACGCAAAACAUGAACAAAGAACCGGAUGAAAUGAUCACCGGAGAACGAAAACCAAGAAUAGAUCUUUUUCGGACUUGUGUCGCCGCAGUUCCUCGUUUAAUACCUGAUGGAAUGACUGGUGCUGAAUUAGUAGACUUAUUGUCCCGUUUAACUGUUCACAUGGAUGAGGAACUUCGCGGAUUAGCAUAUCAAAGUUUACAGACUUUGGUGCUAGAUUUCCCUGAUUGGAGACAAGAUGUUGUCCUUGGGUUUACUCAGUUCCUUGCCAGAGAUGUUCAAGAUACUUUUCCGCAGCUGGUGGACAAUGGUUUAAGAAUGCUUCUGCAGCUUUUAACAAGUUGGAAAAAUUCACUAACAAGCCCCAGCAUAAGAUCUAAAGAGCAAUCAGAUAACACGAGAACAAUUACUCGUACCGACGGUAACAUUAAGAAAAGUGAAUCAGGACAAAAGAUAGAACCUAUUUCCAGUGUUUUUCAUUUGGUGGAAGGCUUUGCAUUGGUCAUGCUUUGUAAUUGUCGAUUAUACCCUCGAAGAAUAGCCGUUCACAUAUUGCGUGAGGUUAAACAUUUAUUGAAAGCAUUAGGAGGUAUGGAAGACGAUCAAUCUGUAAUUGACGUAAUAGAUGCUUGUUGUCCAGUAGUUUUGGAGAAAUGUUACCAUAUGUUGCCACCUGCAGAAAAAGCAGCAGCAGCUUCUACUUCUAACGUUGAUCUUCAAUGGAUAGCUGAAAGAAGUAGUUGUGUGUGGACAGCAGGUCUUCACGAAGAUACGAGCACGAAAAGCUCUUCUUCCCUAAAUUUGAACGGAGCAGAUCCUUGGGGCAGUUGCCUGUUUGCAUUUCUGGAGAAGGACAGAGUACUCACACUGUGCCCAACCGCAAUUGCUCACUCAUGGCCUAUCGUUUUUACCCGAAUAAAUUCGCUAUUUUCAGUAAUCGAUCCUACACCUGUCAAUGACAAUAGAGCUUCCCUCUUAAGAAGUUCAACGGCAGUCAGAAAACCUGUGAAUGAGAGGGACAUGUACAUGCACGUUUGGAAAAAUUACUUGACUUUUGGAUACAGAGUCGUUCCUCCAGUACCGAGUCCCGUUGUACGGUGCGCCAGUCCAGAUCUCAGCCUCAGUUCGUCACCUGAUAGUCUUUCCGCCGAACGGGGUGAUAACAAGUCACCUGGCACGAAUGCAAGCCCCGCAGCUUUAUACAAAUUAACGGUACCUCUACUAAGGUGCGAGGUAGUGGAUGUCAGGGAUGCUGCUGUACAAGCGAUCGGCAAAGUAAAUGCUGAUGCUCUAAAAGACUUGAUGGAAGAAUUAGUUCCUUAUAUCCGUGAAGCGGUUGACCGUAAGCAAGAAAAUAUGAGACGUCGAAGACGAAGAGAUGCAUUGAGAUUGCAGCUUGUAAGAGUAUUAGAAUUAAUCGCUGAGUAUGGAACGUUUGGUAUUUGUCCUGCAGUGUUAGAUCGCGAAACGCAGUCGCUUCAUCCAACGUUCGUUGAAUACAUCGACGGUGCACGUUUGUAUUUAGAGAACGAAACCGACAAAGAGGCACCCGCUGUUCGCGAUAUUAAAUUACAUUUCUGCAACUUUAUUAGAAAGAUGAUCAAAAGCUUUUCCUUGGAAACAUGUCAUACGUUGCUGAAGAGAGACUUGAGACGGAAUUUGUUCAUGUUGUUCGCCAGUUGGGCAGGUCCCUAUGGACGACCAUUGGCGACCACAUCUUCACUACACGAAGAAGAAAAAUCUUGUACAGAGUUACAGCUUUCAGCGUUGCAAGCUAUGAGCGGACUACUGUGUUGUGGUCCUUGCUUCAAUCCUCAAUCGCUUUCAGAAGAAGGAGCAAUAUUAUAUCAGUGGUUAGACUUACUGUUAGCCAGCAAGGACGAAAAAAUUUAUGCCCUUGCUAGAGAAACAGUAGUGUUACUAUUGGAAUGUAACCCUGAUAUCGGAACGCUUCUCGAUUGGGUGGUCGACCGUUGUUACACGGGAGCUCCGCAAGUUGCCGAUGGUUGUUUCCUCGCCUUGGCAACAAUUUUUAGUGCAAGAGAGUACCCCUGUGACCAUUACACGAGCAUCAUCAACGUUACCCUAAUGAGUACAGGUUGUCCACGUGCUCCAGUUCACGACGCGGCGCUCCAACUUCUUCAACUGCUGGACCAAAGAUUCUUCGGGAACGUGGGUCCUCUUCCGGCUGCGGAACCCGAGACCAGUAAGGGUGGUACUCUUGAUGUGCUUCUAUCAACCACGUAUUGUCGCAAUCAAAUGUAUCUUUCUCGUCAACUCGCACAGCUACAUCCAGAGCUAACUAUGCCCAUGUUCAGUGAAAUCACACACAGAUUCCAAACAGCUAGGAGGGAGGUCCGACAACUAUUACUUCAAUAUUUAUUGCCUUGGUUGCAUAAUAUGGAAUUGGUGGAUCCUAACGUACCUCCACCCUCUAAUCCAUUGAGUUAUUAUCAGUACUAUGCAAGCGAUAUGUCGCGUGGCGGAGCUCGCAGAGAGGGGUGGGGUAGCGCGGAGGCAACAGAAAUGGUGUUAAAUAACUUGUUCUACAUAACUGCUAAGUUCUCUGAUGAGCAUCCCAAAGAGACAGAAGAGCUUUGGGCCACUCUGUGCGGUUGUUGGCCUAACAAUCUGAAAGUAAUUAUUCGCUACUUGAUAAUCGUCUCAGGAAUGGCACCACAGGAAUUGCUUCCAUAUGCAAAACGUGUAGUUUUGUAUUUGGCCAGAGCCCGACCGGAUCGUUUAGUGGAUGAAAUGAUGACCGAACUACAGACAGUCGAAACAUUGAACUGUCUGAUCGAAAGAACUGAAACACCACCUUUUUACAGAUUGACUAGUAUGAGAAAAGCUUCAUCGCACAGUGAUGCCCCUGCAGCUGAUCCUGCUAAUCCUCCGCGAGAUCUGGGCGUUGAAAAAGGUACCAUUCAUACCAAAAGGCAUUCAGGAGAGGAUCCCGUUAAAACCGGUUCGAAAUCUGACACCGCACUGCGAGCACUCGCUGGAUUUCAAACCCCAAGGGCAGAAAAAACAAGGACUGCGAGCGGCCCGCCAGUUCUUCCGGACGAUUUGUCCACUCCUACGACCGAAGCCGAAUUGACCACGGACGAAUCUUGUUAUGGAGGACGUAACGGACCCGUGGGAGUAAAUGGAAAGAUGUCCUGCAGCGGUGAAAAGUUUGAUAUUCCUCAACCGCAUCCUUUACCGAUGCCUGAAUACGGCGGAUACUUUGCUCCUCUUACGGAAUAUCUUCCGGAUAGUUCGCAACCCAUAAGUGGAUUUCAUAGAUGCAACAUCGCUGUGAUGCUGCUUACCGACGUCGUCGUGGACGGCAUACAACUUGACUGGGCAAUCCAUGUCCCUCUAAUGUUACAUAUAGUUUUCCUUGGCUUGGAUCAUUCAAGACCUCUCGUAAGGGAUCACUGUCGUUGUCUUUUGUUAAAUCUAUUGGUUGUCCUUGGAGAUCAUCGAGAUCAUCUUGGCGUAGCGCGGGUACUGUUGGCAUCAAAAACAGAACAGUUGGGUUUAGGUCUUUCAACUCCAGCUUUGCCAAUACUCGAACAUAAUUUCACCGAGGUUGAUCCAGAGUUUGACAGUUACCUCUAUGGUCCGCCGCCAGCACCACCUCCUACGACACCCCCUCCCUCAUCUUCGCCUCCGCCGCCUUCCUCUUCCCCUCCUCCACCACCUCCGCCUCCGCCACCGCCUCCUCCACCACCGCCACCACCAGAAUCAUCUAUAUUUAAUACAGCGCCUCCGCCACCUCCGCCUCCUCCUCCUCCACCACCGCUUCCGUCUUCUAAUAGCGGAACUCCUACUCAUUCACCUGUUCCUAAUGCAACGUCCACUCCUCCAAUAUCAAUGAAUCAUGUGAAUCAAUCAGUCAUGGACAGCAAUAAAGAUUAUUCGAAUUCUCAUGCAUAUGAAUCGGCAACGUGCAACAAUUGGCCACAAACGACGGGAUCAUCCACUACAGUGCCUCCUGUUAUUGUUACACCGGAAGAUGCAAACAACUGGGUUGGGCCUCAACCAGGUCCAAACAUGCCAAUCCAGGAUGUGAUCAAAUCUUUAAUCAAUUUCCUAGCGUCUAGGAUUAAUCAACCAUUGUGGAAUUAUGAGGAUAUGACUGCCAAAGUAUGGUGGGUUCGCAGUGCUGAGCAAUUAACAGUAUUAUUGCGACACGUAUUGCGAGUCUUCAGAGAUUCCUUGCCCCAUGCAUUGGUCAGUCAACGAUGGGCACAAACCGCGUUACAAUUAGGCUUGUCUUGUUCGUCCCGGCACUAUGCGGGAAGAUCUCUUCAAGUAUUCAGGGCAUUACGAGUUCCUAUUACAUCUCGAAUGUUAUCUGAUAUUUUAUCUAGACUGGUAGAGACUGUCGCUGAACAAGGAGAAGACAUGCAGGGCUACGUGACAGAAUUAUUACUGACACUUGAAGCAGCCGUUGAUUCAUUAGAGUCUGACUUCCGACCUCUAGAUUUCAUGAAAGAGAUAUUUAAAUCCACUCCAAACUUGAACAAUAAAGAUCCAGCCGCGGGUGGUUUGGUUGGUGGAAAACGAAGUCCGGGCGGUGGAAACGGAUACCCAGCAGGUCCACACAUGUUUUCUCAUUUAAAUCAGGGUGGUCAUACAAGAAGUACCAGCUACUCGGUUAGUUAUUGCAUGAAGAAGUCAAGCGGUGGUAAUUCUGCGGCAAGCGAAAUAAAAGGUUCGCCUCCGCCACCUCCGCCUCCUCCUCCUCCACCACCGCUUCCGUCUUCUAAUAGCGGAACUCCUACUCAUUCACCUGUUCCUAAUGCAACGUCCACUCCUCCAAUAUCAAUGAAUCAUGUGAAUCAAUCAGUCAUGGACAGCAAUAAAGAUUAUUCGAAUUCUCAUGCAUAUGAAUCGGCAACGUGCAACAAUUGGCCACAAACGACGGGAUCAUCCACUACAGUGCCUCCUGUUAUUGUUACACCGGAAGAUGCAAACAACUGGGUUGGGCCUCAACCAGGUCCAAACAUGCCAAUCCAGGAUGUGAUCAAAUCUUUAAUCAAUUUCCUAGCGUCUAGGAUUAAUCAACCAUUGUGGAAUUAUGAGGAUAUGACUGCCAAAGUAUGGUGGGUUCGCAGUGCUGAGCAAUUAACAGUAUUAUUGCGACACGUAUUGCGAGUCUUCAGAGAUUCCUUGCCCCAUGCAUUGGUCAGUCAACGAUGGGCACAAACCGCGUUACAAUUAGGCUUGUCUUGUUCGUCCCGGCACUAUGCGGGAAGAUCUCUUCAAGUAUUCAGGGCAUUACGAGUUCCUAUUACAUCUCGAAUGUUAUCUGAUAUUUUAUCUAGACUGGUAGAGACUGUCGCUGAACAAGGAGAAGACAUGCAGGGCUACGUGACAGAAUUAUUACUGACACUUGAAGCAGCCGUUGAUUCAUUAGAGUCUGACUUCCGACCUCUAGAUUUCAUGAAAGAGAUAUUUAAAUCCACUCCAAACUUGAACAAUAAAGAUCCAGCCGCGGGUGGUUUGGUUGGUGGAAAACGAAGUCCGGGCGGUGGAAACGGAUACCCAGCAGGUCCACACAUGUUUUCUCAUUUAAAUCAGGGUGGUCAUACAAGAAGUACCAGCUACUCGGUUAGUUAUUGCAUGAAGAAGUCAAGCGGUGGUAAUUCUGCGGCAAGCGAAAUAAAAGAAUUGGAUACCAGAUGUAACAAAUAUCCAAAUUCUAACCUGUCUCGGUCAAGAUCAGCUCAGUCUUUGAAAUUGCUAGGUGACUCAGCGACGCAAGACGACAAAAUGACUAUUUUAGCACAACUAUUUUGGCUAUCGGUAUCGUUGCUCGAGUCUGACUACGAGCACGAAUUUUUAUUGGCAUUAAGGUUGCUUAGUCGAGUACUGCAUAGAUUACCACUCGAUCGACCAGAUGCUAGAGACAAAGUUGAGAAACUGCAACAACAGUUAAGAUGGAAUUCAUUCCCUGGUGUGCAUGCAUUAUUAUUGAAAGGUUGUACCAGCCCAAACACCUACGAACAAGUUGUAACGCUGUUGUCUCAGUUCACCCCAUUAUUGGAUUUACCGGUAGUUGACCCUACUCAGAGUCUCGCAUUUCCAAUGAACGUUGUAUCGCUACUUCCUUACAUGCUUCUAAACUACGAGGACGCUAAUGAAUUAUGUAUCAGGAGCGCCGAAAAUAUUGCACAAGUAAGUGCUGAGAAGGGAAAGAAACUGGAGAAUUUAGGCACAGUAAUGACACUAUACAGCCGACGUACCUUCAGUAAAGAAAGCUUUCAAUGGACAAAAUGUGUGGUCAAAUAUUUGUAUGACACAUAUGCUCAUCUCAGCUUCAACAUGCUUGCGUUUUUGGUCGAAGUACUUGAAAAGGGUCCAGGAAGCGUCGCGUUACCUGUGCUUAGUAUUAUACAUUGCAUGUUGCAUUACGUUGAUCUAGCCUCACAAGCAGCCCAACCAAUCAACACAGAACUUCUGCGAGUGAUUUCCAAAUACGUCGAGGGUCCUCAUUGGAAGGAAGCCCUUAAAAUUUUAAAGCUCGUAGUCACGAGAUCGUCAACGUUAGUAGCACCACCUACAUCUGUGCACGGUUCAUCCUGGGAAUCUUCAAUAGCAUCUCCGCAUCCAAGCUUCACCGAUACCGAAAUCUUUACCAAAAAAGAAUUGCCCGGAAGGACCAUGGAUUUCACGUUCGACUUAUCUCAGACACCGGUAAUUGGUAGACGAUGGUUGAUACGGCAAGGUGUUGAAGAAAAGUCACUUGCUUCUCCCCGAUGUUCACUGUCUCUAUCACCAGCAGAUAGCAACGCUGUUUCAGGUUGGAAACGACCAUGGAUGUCACAGGGCCGAGUCCGUGAAUGCUUGGUAAACCUUCUAACAACAUGUGGACAACGCGUUGGUCUACCAAAGAGCCCAUCUGUUAUAUUCAGUCAAAGUUCAGAUUUAAUGGAAAGACAGUCAUCCAUGGCAUCGUCGACGGAGGAAGUUUCUGGUGCGAAUAAUGACUUGAGUGGAGGCUCCAGAAGGGAUGACGAACAAUUUGGCGUGUUCAAAGACUUCGAUUUCCUUGAAUAUGAAAGCGAAAGCGUUGAGGGUGAGAGUACUGACAAUUUCAACUGGGGAGUAAGACGACGACCUCUUAGCGAGGGAGAAGAAAGAGAACCAAGUUUGAGGCAAUUUGAGGAAAGUUUAAGCGAGAAAACUCAGUCAUCCAGCAAACACACUAGUCGGCGUGGUGUUGCGGAAGAAUCAUCUGACGACGAAGCCGGUUCAGAAUCACCUUUGGACGAAGUCCCCGGUGGGUCAGGAGCGGGGCAAGAAGCGAACAAUAUUCCUGGAAUGUUCCCACCAUCCUCUCUUUCCCUCAUACCUAGCCGUACGCGCCAUGAUUCUUCAACAAGGUCUGACACAUCUGGCUCUAGCGCGGGAGAUUUAGGGGACGUAACGCCUUGUAACGCAUCGCCAAACCUCUCGGCACUAAUGCCUUUCAGACAAGUUGUGCGGGACGACGCGGAAGAAAUCUGGCGACAACAAAUUCAGAAUCUGAUCACGCAAUCUCUGUACAACACUUUAGACUUUUUCCAAUUAUUGAGCAGAAUUCUAAGGGAUGUAAGCGGUAAAUCCGUCACUCUUACACGAGAAGCCAGUGCCUUAUUGUGUAAUGGCAGCGCUGCCGCCACUCAAUUAGGCUCUCAUUUAUCUAGUCACGCCGAAUUACUUAGUUCAAAAGCUGAACCGCCUUUGAUUUGGUUUUCCAUUGCUAUCUUUGCUAAUCAGAGAUUAAAUGAAUCUCUACGUUUUGGAAUGUUGGAAAUCCAAGAGCAUCUUGAAACGUUCCUCGAUAAGAAGGAUCACGCUACUGAAUGUCUGGAAGCGGCUAAAGCAGCAGCAAAGCUCCAUGCAUUGGGUGGUGGUCAUACCACAGAGGCAGGUCUUGAAGAGAUGCUCUUAGAUUUAGGCAAAGCGCUUUAUAAACUUCACCUACAACUGCUACUCUUAAUCGAGGCGUCGAAUAAAAUGUUAGGCACUCUUAUGAGUGCUGCGAAAAACGUACAAAUUCCACUUCAGGACAUGUCCGUGGAGAUUGCGAAUAUGAAGAUCGCUCUGAGUAGAGCGCUCGAGGAAAGCACAGAAAGCGAGAGGGGCACACCAACCCCAACACCUAGUCCUAGUCCUUUACCCGGCACUGGUGCUGUCGAAGAAGUUGCCAGAGUCGCAGAAUUACUUAGAAACGCACGUUGGUGUCCCGCUCUUGAAGCUGUAAGACUGCACAGAGCACAGUGGCCGGGAGAUCCGUUCCAUGAUGACGAUGACGUAACGACUGCUGUUAAUAUGUACUGCAGAUACUUAGGACAAGAUAGAUCUGAUAUUUUUGUGGUUACACGAAAAUCUGACGAAAUGUUGGAGAUAUUUAGUAGACUAAUGGAAAGUUUGUUCCAAGUUUUGGCGGCUGUAACCGGCCUAGAAACGUCUACGAAAGCAGCUCGGUCUCAACACGAUCAUCCUAGCAACUCGAAAAGUGACUGUUAAACUCAACAUGAAUUUUAAUAUUAUAUGGUAUUAUAGACAGUUGUUUGUCUAAACUUUAAACUAAAGUCUUCGUAUAAUUUAACUGUACGUGCGUUUUACCCGUGUAUCCUUGUAUAUGACGUAUAUAUGUGAGUAUAUAUAUAUAUGUCGCAAACUAAUUGUCAUAGAAAUUUAGAAAAAUACGCACGAGCGGAAGCACGAUGUCGACGAUUUUCUCGUCUCUUUUUUUUAACAUGAACGCAAUAACGUAUGUAAGUUCGGCUAAAUAAAUAUUGGAAAACUCAA